GCUGUUUGGGUUGGGAAUGAGAAAGGACAGAGUUGGUGGUUGGUUACUCUCCAUAGUAACCCUGAAAGGUUGGUAAUAAGAUCCCUGUUUGAUAGAGGAAGAAACCGAGGCCAGGAGGGGACAGAGAAUGGGGUUCCCGGUGCAUAGUGGAUAAUUCCUUUCCAUGGAGGUGACCAUUGAAUCCCUUCUUCGAAGGUGAGUCCACGUUGCCAAAUUGAAAAGAGGAGCAAUGUCCUGGGAAGCAGAGAAAGAGCAGGUGCAAAGGCAGGAGGUGGCGCUGUCCGGAUGCAUCCUGCGGAGCGUCCACUCCCUCUAUCGGCAGAGGGAGCACAGACACCCUUGCGACUGAGAAAGCAAAGGCCUGAGGAUCGGAGAGGAGCUAGAACCCCACUAGGAGCAAGCUGGGGGACGCCCCGCGGACUCGCGGGCGAACACCCGGAGCUGGGGGCGUGAUCUCUGGUUGGGCAGGGCGGGGCUUCGAGCGCGGGUGGGGCCAGACCGCAGGCCCAGACGUGGCUCAGCGGCCCGGCAUUUCAUCCCCGUUUUGCUGAUUUUCUUCGGGUUCCGAUGCGACUCCCGCUGCCUCCGCCGCCUCUGCUGCUGCUUCUCGCGGCACUCGCUUCCGCCGCCACAACCUUCCGGCCCGACUGGAACCGUCUGCACCGUCUUGCCCGAGCCCGGGUAGAGACCUGUGGAGGAUGACAGCUGAAUCGCCUGAAGGAGGUGAAGGCCUUCGUCACCCAGGACAUCCCACUGUAUCACAACCUAGUAAUGAAACACCUCCCGGGGGCCGACCCAGAGCUGGUGCUGCUGGGCCACCGCUCCGAGGAGCUAGAGCGAAUCCCGCUCAGCGAAAUGACCCGCGAGGAGAUCAAUGCUCUGGUGCAGGAGCUUGGCUUCUACCGCAAGGCAGCGCCCGACGACCCUGUGCCCCCCGAGUACCUGCAGGCACCUGCUAGGCCCGCUGAAGGCUCUCCGGACCGCGCCGACCUGUAGGUCCGGGAGUGCGGGAUCCCCCUGACUGAGCCCCUCGGACAGAAUGAAGCGCUCAGUGUCAUAGGAGCAACUCCCUCGCUGAGAGCAGAAGCCUCGUCCUGAAGGGAGCCGGCAGGGAUGGAGUUGGGGGUUCCUCUCCAUUCCCCUUUAUAUUCUCUCCCACUCACCUCCCUUUAGCUCCACUAAAUCUCCUUCCAUCUUUCA